CAAUCACCUCUCGCCGUCUUCAAAACUCUCCAGCACAGACGGCGAACUCUAACCAUUUCUCAUCAAUGGCGGUGGAUACUAACUUCAUGUCGUCGUUGCAGAACCUAAAAGUUGAAGAUCCAUGGCUUCCACCGAGACCUUGGGAAUCCAUCCCUUCCGAAAGCGGAAUCUCUCACUCCAACACUUCAACGUCUCAAUCUUCUCUCUCAAAACACCUCUACCGCACUUCCACCGUCUCUGAGGAUAGUUUGGUGAGGUUGGGAAUGAAUGCACUGCAAGGUAUGGAAUCAGCUAUUUUAAGUAUUGAAAAGCUCUGUGCAGCGUUUUGUUGUGAGCCAGCCGACAGGACCUUCCAUCGAAUCCCUAGUCUAUGGAACCGGUCUUCCAGUACUCUUGCUCUGGCGAAUAUGCUCAAGUCCAUAGGCCGAUCGGGUUGUGUAAUUCUUCUACUCCGUAAAUUCAUCGAUUACUUUGCACAUUGGAGUUUAAAUGAUAAUAAUUCUGUAAAAAACAGACAAGUAAAUAGUGAAGGGGACUCUUGCCCUCCCUACUGUCUUGUUAAUCAGGCAUUUGCCGCCGCUGUGGGAAAGGUUUCAAAUGGUUACACAUUGGGUUUGGAUACACUGUAUGCAUCUGUGGGGUUGAGGCGUUCUUCGAAGACUGACAGUGGAGUUGGCUGUCUUACUAGUGUUGGGCAUUCUGAAAUUACGCUAUUGGAGGUUUACUUGCAUACAAAGGAAUUGAGAACUCAGAUUGAAGCGUUAGGAAGUAUCUGCAAUGUACAUGAUGUAGCUCUUUGCUUUUCAGUAGCAUGUUUUGAAGAUUUAAGCAAUAGAGCAAACUCAGAGUUUGGUAACUUCCCAAGAGGUGGAGAUCUACUCACUUAUUUGUAUAGGCAACUGAAGGUUGUUGAUCCAGCCCAUCGUGAUCUCCUCAAGUUUCUCUUUCUCCAGUCGUUUGAACCAUAUUAUGGUUUUAUUAGAUCAUGGAUUUAUGAAGGCAUGAUUAGUGAUCCUUAUAAGGAGUUCAUAGUGGACUGUAUUGAUAAAAUACAGCCUUGUUCACGGGGAAAAGCUGGACUCUCUAUUGACUUCCCGUUGGCUGCAAUUAGGGAGCGAGAUGGAGUUGCUGUUCCUUGCUUUUUGAAAGACUUCUCGACUCCACUGUUCAGGGCUGGUCAGCAGCUUCAAGUACUAAUGAAGCUGCUUGAUUUGUGUAGUAAUGUUGACACUUGGAACCGUACUUAUGACAAUAUAUUGCCAUGCUGGGGUGGUUGGUCAAGCGAUAGUCGACCUUAUUUAUCUCCACUGAUUUUUAAUAAAGGAAGUGUAAAAGCUGCAACUAUUGCACGGAAUGAUUAUUACAUAAAGAUGCUGGAGAAACUUGAAAUACUUUUGACAAAUUUAGAAUUCAGAUAUCAACAGGUAGUUCCACCUGGCAUUGCACAUAUCUUCGGUAAAAAGAGUGAUAAAAGUUUGAACAUUCCAGUUUCAUUUGCAGCAGGUGGUACCUUGAUUUCUCCCUCAGCAAAUGAAAGAGACCCAAAUUUGUCCAUUUUUAAUGUGGAUUGUGAGGCAUCUAGCGUAGUGGAUGAGGAUGAUGCUUUGGAGUCAUCUGAGUGUUCAUCUCUUAAUAGCUCUGAUGAGCAAAAUGGUUCUGAACAUCUACCUCAUGGUAUGGUCGAGCUGGAGCAAAAAUACUUAUCUGCUUUGAGCUUCUCCUCAAGCAUUGCCGCUGAUAGUCCAUUGCAAAAGCCUUCCAACAGUCGGAGGAUAUGUGCUGUGGAAAGCGAUUUACGUAGAAAUUGCAAAAGAACAGAUCCUGUUGGUUUUGUGCAUGUACAGUGUGCAGGAACAAGUUUGAGUGACAAUUCUUCACUCUCCAAUCCAGGAGAGUUUAAUUUGCCAAAUACCUUUGAAAUACUAGGUAUUGAUAGUCAAUAUGCUAUGGGUUGGCCUCUAGGGGGUCUUUUGGAAAAUCCAUUUUAUGUUGACCAAGGGAACAUAGAUGACACAGAGUUAUAUAUGUAUGGUUAUGGCUUGAACUUGAGAAGUAAGAAUUUGGUAGUAAAGGAGGAAGGCACAUCCAAUUGCAGGGAGGAAGGCGCAUCCAAUUGCAACAAUCUGAUUCUCUCUAGAAAUGAUCAAAUAGAGACCACCAACAUGGCUCAACCAUUCAUUGGAACUUGCAUAUUGCCAAAUUCACCUAGUUUGCAAUCGUGGAAUCUUAGAUGUCACUCUAAUUUUCUCAGUAUGAACCCAAUACUGAGCAAAAGUUGUUUUAAUCACCUGAGGAAUAAGCCUGCAGAAAGUGGCUGUACAGACUAUAGAGAGCCUUUGUCUUUCUUUGACUUUGCCUGUGUAAAAGACCCUUGUCAGCUAUACUUGGAGAACUUCAGAGCCCAUCCUAGACGUGUAUUUGUUGCUGAGCUUUCAGUUUUAACUGACUCUGUUGCUUCUGCUGACAUGGCUAUCAGCAAUUGCCAUGAAAAAGAAGGCUAUAGUGGUGAUGAUGUCUCAGUUGAUAAGCUCAAACCAUCUUAUGCUUGUUUGCCUUCAGGGUUGAAGAGUAAUGACCAAGGAGAUGUGCGAUUGGCAAGCGUUUCAGGUGGAGGUAGUUGGCAGAGUCUGCUUAGUAGUUCUAGCAACUGUGCCAAUAUUGCUGUCAGAGAUCACAGGACCAGUUUGCCUGCUGAAUUUCAGAUACCGCUAGAUUUUGUUAUUGAGAAAUGCCUAUUGGAGGAGAUUUUGCUUCAAUACAGGUAUCUGAGCACAGUGACAAUCAAGUUGCUUGAAGAGGGAUUUAGUUUGCGAGAACACUUGCUGGCACUGCGGCGAUACCAUUUCAUGGAAUUUGCGGACUGGGCAGAUUCGUUUAUCAUGUCUCUUUGGAAUCAUAAAUGGUAUGCUACAGAGGCAGAAAAGAGAAUACCAGAAAUUCAGGGGUUUCUUGAGUUGUCAGUUCAGAGGUCAUCAUGUGAAAGUGACCUUAAUAAGGAUCGGUUAUAUGUUUACAUGAAAGGACACGGCACGAUAAUUUGUUCAGCUUCUGCUACUGGAAUCCGUUCAUUUGAUUUUUUAGGUUUGGGAUACAAAGUGGAUUGGCCAGUUAGUCUCAUUUUGUCCGCCGAUGCACUAAAAAUAUAUGCUGAGAUAUUCACUUUUCUAAUACAAGUCAAGCUUGCGGUGUUUUCACUAACUGAUGUAUGGUGCUCAUUAAAGGUGAGGGUUUCUGGAAGCUGGUCUACUUCGUGCAUAGAAGCUUACAUUCAAAUUUCCAUUUUUGAAGAAGAGAGGAAAGAAAAGAAAUUCGAAGAGAAGAGAGAACAUAAUAUAAGAUAG